ACAAAACGGCGGGCCGCGUAGCUCGCACGUCCGCGCUUAGUAAAACUCGAGUGAUUGUUAUGAAGCUGUCGGUUUAUGUUUGAAACUGUUUACGAUGGAAGUAAGUGCGAUGCCGCCGAUGCCUUUGGACUUUUCAAUGGUUAGGAAUGGUGGAAGUUCUCCGAGUAUGAGGGAAGGAUCGCCGAGGCCGGUGUCGAACAGCGCUUUCAGAGUUGUCACGCCGAAAGGAGUAUCAGCGAGCGAGGCGCUUCGGAACGGCCUAUGCCAGUCACUAUGGUCGCCGGUGACGCGCCACGAGCCUCGUAUAGCUUCACCACCGCAACAAAUAGACAAUUACCCUAUUAGAGAAGAAAUUAAGUUUGGUAUCAACCGACUGGUAGGUGAGAGGACAGAUGAGGAGGAUAAUGAAUCACACAAUAAUGAAACCUCGAGGGCAGAAGGGGUAUCCCCUACGUCACGCUGUGGUAGUCCAUGCUGGGCACCUUCGCCUCAUUCACCGCGAUCUGUUCGUUCAACCUCUCCCGAACUGGAAGUGGAUUCACCACCAUCGUCUCCUAGACGACCACCUGAUUCAUCACCACCGUUAAAGAGAUCAGAAGCCUUUUCCGUGAGUGCUUUAUUAAGACCAGAUGCACCGAGAGUGCAGCCGCAAAGACCUUUCCUAUAUCCGCCAUUACCAUUCGCUGAAUUUCUUAGAGAUGCUGGUAGCCUGGGACUUCCAGGUUGGGGCGGUUAUAGUAAUUUAUAUCUUCAUGCAGUCCAAGCGGCUGGACCAGAGCUAUUAAGACUACGUGCGGCAGUUCUCGGAGCCCCAAGUCCAUUAUCAAGGCCGUUACCCAUCGGAGAUGUCUAUUCUUGUGUUAAGUGUGAAAAAAUGUUUAGUACGCCGCACGGUUUAGAAGUGCACGCCAGAAGAUCACAUAACGGAAAGAGGCCUUUCGCAUGUGAACUGUGUAGCAAGACAUUCGGCCAUGAAAUUAGCCUUAGCCAACAUAGGGCUGUCCACAGUGUAGAAAAAGUCUUCGAAUGUAAGCAGUGUGGGAAGACCUUCAAACGGUCCAGCACGCUGUCGACCCAUCUACUCAUACAUUCCGACACCAGGCCCUACCCGUGCCAGUACUGUGGCAAGCGGUUUCACCAAAAAUCUGACAUGAAAAAACACACCUACAUUCAUACUGGUGAAAAGCCCCACAAAUGCCAAGUAUGCGGUAAAGCGUUCAGCCAAAGUUCAAAUCUAAUUACACACUCGCGCAAACACACCGGUUUUAAGCCUUUCGCCUGCGAACUGUGCGGACGGGCGUUCCAGAGGAAAGUAGACUUACGGAGGCACAGAGAAACUCAACACGCUGAUUUGCGAAAUCCUCAACAUAUGCAACCUCCGCAUACCGAUGUGCAUGGCAUGCAUGCACCUGACAUGCACGUGGCGGAUCGGAUAGAUCUUCGUCAACCUCACCCUGAUCUUCGACAACCUGACUUCAGGAUGAGCAGCGCGGUACCUCCUCUUCAACCGCUCCCCUCCUGAACGUCAACCGCCUUCGCGCCUUGGCGCUGAGGCAAUCACCACCUUACUAGCUUGUAAAUAAAAUACAAAAUACAACACAUACAUAUAUGUUAACCAAAGACACUCGUGUGAUUUGAAAACGGUGUAGAAAUUUUAGUAGUAUCUUAAGAUUUUUUAUCUCAACGGCUUGUAAUUACGAUAAACAAUUGACAAUGUUUUGUGCUUUUAAUAAAAAAACAACAAUGUUGGAACAGCAACGGACUCGAUUCAUUGUUGAAUCAACAUUCAUAUUGUUAAGUUCACAAGAACCACCAAAGAAUGGCUUGACUAAAGAACUAUUUAUUUUAUUGAAUACAUAGGUGUAUAAUUGAA